UUUGUCUUUUGUCCAAUUACACCACGCAAUGUUGUCAUCCCUCAGUCCACUGCUGCUACACCUAUUAGCAUGACCAAGAAAAAAGUGCCCAUAAAGAAACGCAAAGUCAUACCAAUUGAUGUUGUUGUUCCUAAGAAAACUAAGGCAAGGAAGCUGCUGAGACUUGGAAAUACUGACAAGGAAGUCACUGCGCAGGAACCCGUGUAUAAUAGUACUUCUAUAUCUUGUGAAGAAAGACAAGUUGAUAUCCACGUUUCUAAGAUAAGUAAUCAAAGGAAAUCUCCUAGAUUAGUGAGGGAUGAUGUGGAUAGAGUAGUUAGGACUGAUGCAGGUGUCAGUGUGGAACAACCAGUGAAUGAUACAACUUCAUUUUCUGUUCAAGAUCGACAACAUGGACAACAUCAAAAAGCUUCUCUUAUGUUGAAGAUAUCAUCUCUAGAAGAUCAGUUGAAUCUACAGAGUUUAGAGAUAAAAAAACUUGAUGAAAAAAUCAAGCUGCAGGAUGGAACAAUUGCACAGUUGAUCAAAGACCAAGAAAUCAUGGCUAUGAAGUUCAAGGAAUAUGUUGAAAGCUUAACAAAUAAAAUAAUUUCUGAAGGUGUCAGUCAUUCUCCAACCCGUUGUUCAGACCAGCCCAAUGCCAAUGCCGGUGUGAAUGUUGAUGCAGAUACUGUAGCAAAUGAAGAUGUCAAUUUUAAUUCAGAUUGUUCAUUGCUAGAAGUACCUCCUGUAGUCACAGAUUCUGAUGAUAUGUUUGAGAAGGGAAUGACUCAAGCUCUCAACAUUGCUUUAGAUAUGUACGAGUCGAUGCUUGUAAUCCCUAAUGGUUGUGAACCAGCCUCUUCCUCUCAUAUAAAUGAAAACAUCAAUCAUGAGAAACUCCAGGCAGUCACAUUUCAGGAGCAACCUUGUACUAUUCUUCCAUCUGCUCAAACCACACAUGAGACUGACCCGGUUACUGCUAUUGAUGUUGUUGAGAUUGAUGAUCUAACCUUGACUAAAGGUAGACCCAAAAGAAAGGCCAAAUCACCUUCUCGCUACACUCCGGGUUCUGAAGCUUUGAAAAAGAACAAAAAAGCAUGUCAUCUGCAAGUUGUUUGCCCAUUCAGCUUUGAUCCAUUUUCUGUUUUCAAAU